AUGGAGCCCUCGUUCGACCUCCCAGAUUCCACCGACUGGCUCGACACGCCGCUGUCGCUCCUCACGCCUCUAGAAUCCGCGCUCCGCUGCCAGGUCUGCAAGGACUUCUUCGACAACCCCGUGAUCACCUCGUGCAGCCAUACGUUCUGCUCCCUGUGCAUCCGACGGUGUCUGAGCUCGGAAGGAAAAUGUCCCGCGUGCAGGAGUUCCGACCAGGAACUGAAAUUGCGGCGGAACUGGGCGGUGCAGGAGCUCGUCGACGCGUUCCAGAACGCGAGACCGAGUGUUCUGAAGCUGGCAAAAACUGCUGCGGAGGAGGAGCGAGGUGGUGACAAGCCGGCGUCGAAGAAGCGGAAGGUCGAGGAUGGUCCCGGUGAAUCUACCGUCCUGUCGGAGGGAAGACAGACUCGCUCGCGAAGUAAAGGUGUCGCGCGCACGCCUUCGGAGACUACUGCCGUUGAGGUCAUCGAGGACAGUCAAGAUGACGAGUAUAUACCUGGUACGCUUCUCUACAGUGUAACUGGUGGAACGAUGGAAUCAAAUCUGACUGAAGAGCAGACGACGGCGGAACUCCUCCCAAGCCAGCCAAUUUUGGAUCUUUGCAGCCUAUGCAACAGCAACCCGCCAAACCCCGAGAGCGACUCCCGACGAUCAACUACUCUAUCCUUAAAGAUUCAGUCCUGA